AUGAACAAUUCAAUAAACAAGAUUCUUAUGAGACAAGUUUUAAAUAGCAAUUUAGAAUUUAUAAUGGAAUUGGAGUUCGUAUUUGGUAAUUUUACAAUAAAGUCAAGAGUUGGUCAAGUAGUAGAUGAUUUUGAGGAACAAGAGUUAUUUAAUCAAAUUAAAAAAGAUGUGAUUAUCUAUAUUAAUAGGGAUGAAAUGAGUAUUCAACUAUCAAUUUAUGAACAAAUAAAGAGAUUUGAUGAUUUUAUAAAAAGUUUACUAAAUGGGAAAGUAAGUAAAAAUUUAACUUUAGCUUUAUCUAUGAACUAUUUUAAAUAUUUAAUGAAGUUUAAAAGGUUUAUUAAAAAAGAUAUGAAAGUGUUUAUAGUUAUGAUUGGAGAUGAAUUGUGUUUAUCAUGUAAAGACAUCAGUAUAUCAUUUUAUAAACCAGUUAAAGAUCAAAUAUUAUUAGGAGUAAAAUUUUAUAAAAAAUUAAAUGAAUUACUUACAGAAAAAAAUGAAAAAUUAUACUAUUCAGAUUUGAACACUGAUAAGAAGAAAAAUUUAAAACUUGAAAAAUUAACAACUAUUGAAUGUUUAGAUAUGUUAAAUGAUGUUGCUAAUCAAUUAAACUUAAAUGAUUUGGAAGUUUCAUUGAAUGUAUCAGCUAAUAAUUUUUCUAAGAUUAUAAAUUCGGAGUUUAUUUAUAGUUUUGAUCGAUACAUUUUUAAUACUGAUGAGUUAAUUGACUAUUAUGUAAAUUUGAUUGAGAGUUAUAAAGGUUUGAUAUUUUCAAUUAAAGAUCCUUUUAAUGAAAAUGAUAUUAGAGGAUGGAAUAAGUUUUUUAGUCUAAGAAAGGAAAUUAAAAUUAUUAGUGGUGAUUUGACUAAAUCUGAUGAAAAAUUGAUAGAAAAAAACAAAUCAUUAUUUGAUAUAGUUGAACUAAAAAUUAAUGAUUUUAGUGAUAUAUCAACACUAGUAAAAUUACAAAAAUCAAAUAUUGAAUACAUGUUAACUGUUACUGAAGAUUCAUUCUUUAUAGACUUCUUAUUUAAUAGUGAAAUUGAUUUAUUUAAACUUAAACAACCAUCUGGAGAAACAGUCAAUCAAUACAAUAAGUUUUUAAGAAAAAUUAAAUAA